CAGGUGUUACAGAGAGAAGUAAUCAGCAUCAACCCAGUGGUCGUCAAGGAUAUGAACUCUGCUGUUUUUAUCUAGAUGGAUGAAAAGGUUAACAGCCCAGAAGGGGAGUUCCUUUUGUUUUCAAGAUGGCAGCAACUAGUGGCGAAAGCCAACUGCAGCGGAUUAUCAGAGACUUGCAAGAUGCUGUGACUGAGUUAAGUAAAGAAUUUAAAGAAGGAGGGGAACCGAUCACAGAUGACAGUGUCAACUUGCAAAAAUUCUCCUACAAGCUUGAGUACCUUCUACAGUUUGACCAGAAAGAGAAAAGCACAUUGCUGGGCAACAGAAAAGACUACUGGGAUUAUUUCUGUGACUGUCUGGCAAAAAUCAAAGGAGCUAAUGAUGGAAUCCGCUUUGUCAAGUCUAUUACGGAACUACGAACAUCUCUUGGAAAAGGAAGAGCAUUUCUUCGUUACUCCCUGGUUCACCAAAGACUCGCAGACACUUUGCAGCAAUGUUUUAUGAACACCAAGGUGACCAGUGACUGGUACUAUGCAAGAAGUCCAUUUCUGAAUUCCAAAAUGAGUUCUGACAUUGUGGGUCAGCUCUAUGAGCUCACUGAUGUUCAGUUUGACUUGGCAUCAAGAGGCUACGAUUUAGAUGCUGCUUGGCCAGCAUUUGCCAGAAGGACACUGUCCUCGCUUGGAUCUUCAGCAUAUUUAUGGAAGCCACCAAGUCGCAGUUCCAGCAUGAGCAGUUUAGUGAGCAACUAUUUGCAGGCCCAGGAGUUUCCCUCCAGCCCUGAUGUAAAUAGCUCACUAAAUGCUGAACACCUUGAGGGCUAUGAAGAGAUGCGUUUAGAACUUGACCAGGCUGAGCUGAGGCAGAGGGAACUUCAAGAUCGUAUUCACCAGCUAGAAAUGGAAAACCAGGAGCUCCAGGCAGCUGUCAGCCUUCAGAGAGAGCAAGUACAGGUAGAAAAGGAGAAGAGCAAUAACUACAGUGAGGAAAACUCCCGGCUGACAAAGAUGAUCACAGAGUUACAAAAGCAGUGUGAGGUCUCACACUCCACUCAGAGCGCUGUCCAUGACCUGCAGAAGUGCCUACAGUCGUUGGAAUUAAAUGCAGUGGAGCAGCAGAAAGAAUAUUCAACAAAAGUGGAGCAGCUGUUGACCAGCAAGGAAGACUGUUCCUCAAAAUUGCAGGUUUUGAAUCAGGAGCUGGAGACCUCGAGGGCUUUGGUUGCUGUGAAUAAUCUUUGCAUCGAUGAGCUCAAAGCCAAGCUGAGUUCUUCAGAACAGAAGAAUCUCAGCCUCCUUGCGAAAGUUGACGCUGCCUUGGAGGAGAAGGGACAGCAAGCCACAGCCCAGUGUGACUCUGCCCUACAAAUACGGGCACUGUUGGAGAAGCUUCAGGAGAUGGAAAAGGAAAAGGCAGAUAUGCAAAGACUAAAUGAUGAACGUGCAUCUCAGCUGAAAGCAGCAAAGGAGGAGCUGCAGCUGAAAGAACAGGCACAGAAGGAACUGGAGUCCAGAUACAAUCGCCUCACUGCUGAUUCCAAAGAAGAGAGUGAAAAGCUGAUUGGGAGCCUGGAAACUAUGACAAAGGAAAAGGAUGCACUUCAGAAGGCCCUGACUCUGAAAGGAAAGGAGAUGGCUGAGCUCCAGACCCAGGUAAUGGGGUCGCUGGCUCAGGUGGGGUCACUGGAAAAAAGUCUUGAGGAAGCCAGGAAAGAAAAAGAGAAACUUGAGGAGGAAUAUGGUAGGAGGGAAGGAGCACUGAAGCAGGAAGCCCAGUCAAAAGCAGAGCAACUUGAACUACAGGAGGGUCACUUAACAAAGGUGAGUCAGACUGUGUGUAGCCUUGAGGAGCAAAACCGGAAACUCAUGUCUGAGAAAGAGCAUCUCGGGCAGAAAGUCAAGGAGCUGGAGGAGCAGAUGGAGCAGCAAAACUCUGCUGUGAGCGAAUUGGAUGAGGAGAGCAGGAAGCUGAAAGCAGAGAAUGUGAAUUUGCAGCAGUCCAAGAACAAGAUGCAAGCAAAGCUGAAAAAUCUGGAAGCUUCUAAAGCUUCCCUGGAAGCUGAGGUAGCCAGGCUGAGAGCCUCUGAGAAACAACUUCAGAGUGAGAUAGAUGAUGCCCUGGUGUCAGUUGAUGAAAAAGAGAGAAAGCUCCGGGGCGAGAACAAACAUCUGGAUGAAGACUUGCAGAAUGCCAGGAGGCAAAGCCAAAUUCUGGAGGAGAGGUUGGAGGCUCUGCACUCAGAAUAUGAAGAACUAAGGCAAAGAGAGGAGGCCACCAAGGAGUCUUAUGCCUCACUUGAACGACAGCUAAAGAGUGCCAAACAGCAUAGUUUACAAAUGGAAAAAAGCUUGGGCACCUUGAAGGAAAGCAAAGAGUGUCUCCAGUCACAGCUCACAGAGAAGGAAUUAGAACUGCAAGGCAUGGAGAGCCAGUGUGAGCAGCUGAGAGCAGAAGCUGAAACACACAGAAAGAAAGCAGAGACUCUUGAGGCAGAAAAGCUCAGUGUUGAAAAGACAUGCCUUCAUCAGACAAAGCUUAUAGAAUCCCUCACAUCAGAAAAAGAAUCAGUGGAAAAACAGCAACUACAGCAGGCAGCUUCCCUGGAGAAGGAGGCAAAAGAGCUGGCCUUCAGACUGACCAUGAGCGAAGAGCAGUUGGAGGUCAAUCGAGGUGAAGUGUCUAGGCUGCAGGCAGAAGUCCUCGACCUCCGAGUCAAGCUUCAGCAGACCACUGAUGAGAGAGAGAGGAUGAGAGGUGAGCUGGCAGUCACUGAGACUGCCUUGAGUGAGCAGAAGGUGCUUGUCCAGCAGCUGAAAGAGCAGAACGAGUCUCUCAACAGAAACCACGUGCAAGAACUGGUACAAUGUAAAGAAAGGGAAGAAGUGCUGAAAAAAGAGCAGGAGACAACAGCCCAUGAAAAUGCUGAGCUGGAAAAUAAUUUGCUGAACCUGAAGGAAGAGCUAUCCAAGGUUAAGCAGUACUUGGAAAAUGCUAGGAUGGAAAACGAAGAAAACAAAGAUCUCCUCCACAGGACCAACACAGAUAUGGCUGAACUUGGUAUUCAGAUUUGUGGCUUGUCCUCUGAAAAGAUGGAUGCAGAAGAGCAGUUAGCCCAGGCCAGAGAAAGGCUCAAAGAACUGGAAGAACAGGCAGCAGAGCAACAGAAGAAGCUGAAGCUUGAUAUCUCUAAUCUCAAAGAGGAGAACAAGAGCCUGCAAGAGAAAUUAGAGGAGGCUCAAAUAUGUGCCGCAGCUGUCCCAAAUCUGCAAUUGCAGCUGGAGACAGCAAAGAAACAGGCACAGAGCUUCCAAGAGACCAGCCAAGAAGAGCUAUCUGCAAUAAAAUUUCAAAUGAGCACAGAGAUUCUAAAUUAUCAGACAAAAUUCAAGGCAGUCAGUGAGGAGUGUGGGAAAGUGAGAGAGCAACUUGAGGAGCAGAAGCGACAACAGCAUGCUGCGGAGGAAGAGAUUACCGAGUUACAAGCUGCAAACACGAGUUUGUCCAGAAAGCUGGAUGAAGCAAGAGAGCAGCUGUCUGAAUCAGAAUCUGCUCGGCUGCAGAAGGAAGAGGAGGUGACAUCUCUUAGAGAACUCUUGGAAAGGAUCCAAAAAGAAGCUGAUGAAGCAAAAAAGAAGAUCCUGGAUUACACUGAGAAGCUCAGCAAGGUGGCAGCAGACAAAGAUAGCAGUGACCAGAAGUUAUUUGCUGAACUGGAUGACCUGACAAGAACAAAACACUUCCUUGAAGAGCGCUUGAUAGAACUUAUCAGAGAUAAGGAUGCUUUGUGGCAGAAGUCGGAUGCUCUGGAGUUCCAGCAGAAGCUCAGUGCAGAGCAGAGGUGGCAGGGGGACACAGAAGUUAAUCACUGUCUGGACUGCCAGAGAGUGUUCUCAUGGAUGGUGCGCCGACACCACUGCAGAAUGUGUGGUCGCAUUUUCUGCUACUACUGCUGCAACAACUACAUGGUGACAAAACCUGGUGGAAAAAAGGAGCGUUGCUGCAAAGCUUGCUUCAGUAAGCCUAGAGUCAUCGUGGACAAUACAGAUGACUCUGGAUCCAGUGCCAACCAGGAAGGAUCACCAGCUUCACUGGAAUCGCCUGUGUCACCAUCUGAGAGGACUUUUGUUGCAAGUGAAGCCUCUAAACCACCAGAUGAUGCAGCAUUUGAUAUAAUCACUGAUGAGGAACUGUGCCAAGUACAGGAAACAGACUCUCUCCACAAUGAAAGUCAGAUGGAAAGAGUGUCUCUGGAUCAAAGCAUGACAGAUUUAUGUGUUUGCUGGGCUAAGGAGCUGUUAGGAGCUCUGUACAGCCUCCACUCUCCGUUUCAGGUUUCUGGCUUUCACAGAAUUCGAAACAGUACAUGUAAUUCUUCAACCUUUGAUGAAUCUGAAGAGUGGCAACUUGCUCAAGAUGCUGAGAUAUGCUUGUUGAAGUCAGGAGAAAUCAUGAUCAAAAUACCCCUUACAGUGGAAGAGAUCAUAAACUUUGGAGAGAGCAACAGAGAGCUGUUCAUUAAAUCCAGCACUUACAGUAUCAUUCCCAUCACUGUUACAGAGAUGGGGCUAACAAUUAGCUGGAUCUUUUCAUCAGACCCCAAAAGCAUAUCCUUCAGUGUUGUCUACCAAGAAUCUGAAGACACACCACUGGAUCAGUGCAAAGUUCUUAUCCCUAUGACUCGCUGCAACUCUCAUAAGGAAACUAUCAGAGGACAGGUGAAAGUCAGAAACCCUGGAAUCUACACACUGAUAUUUGACAACACAUUCUCUAGGUUUAUCUCAAAAAGAGUAUUUUAUCACUUGGCUGUUGAGCGACCCGUCAUCUAUGAUGGAAGUGAUUUUCCAUAGCCUUGACUAUACUGUGUUAUUUUUAAUUAAAUUUUUAAGAAAUUAUAUUAUUUAUGUACAUGUAAGCAGACUGAUUACCACUGUGUUUGAAGACUCUGAAACUAUGCAACAGUUAUAAUGCACUUAAGAAGAGAUGUAUACACUAAAAAAUGGAAGCCUUUUCAGGAACACUAAUGGUUCUGUACUGUGUACAGAUUGCUGAAAAGCCAAUGUUUGAUUUAACAGGUCAAUAAUAAUCAAUUUUUUUUCAGUGGGGAGAAAAAUAAGUGUGUGGGUGUCUAAAUGCAAACUGAAAUUCUCUGCCGAGUUACUGAAUUAUUUUGCUUCCAAAAAUAUCCUUCAAAAGGAAAUUUAAAGAAAAAAGUCUAUUUUUGACCUCUUCACUGAGGAGUAAACAUAACCAUUUCUGUUCUGCUGCUCUUACAGUCAGAACAGCAAUUAUGCAAUACUUCAGCUUUCACAGGCAUAUAUUGCAACACAUCUAGAAUUUUUUAUCUUUUCCAAGUUUAUAGACAGCAAACAUAGGAGUUUUUUACGUUCUGGGCUAAGAUUUGGUGAGCCUUAACUGGCUUUUACAAAUGCUUUGUCACUACCAGUUACAAAACAGCACAACAUGAAGCAGCAACUCCUUCCAUUUCACUCACCAUACUCUGUACGUCAAUCCAUUCUUACAGUGGGUACCAGUGGCAGAACAAGGAGUAUCCUCUGUAAAGUACUGCUCACCGUGUGAUAUUAGGAAGAGGAAAAUUCCUUUUUCCUGCCUUAGCACCUUAGUCAUCAGCAGUCAUAGGAAAGCACAGUUUCUGAGGACAUCAGCAGUGUCUCUCUCUCGACCACGUGGAAGGCAGCAAUAAUGUUUGAACUGGUCUCAAAAUGUCCAUCCAAACAGAAUGCGUGUCCAGGCCUGCUGAGCUCUCCACCCAGUGUUAGUGUAUUUUCUCCCUUUCCUAACCCUUGCAGUUGCUGUAUCCAACUGCUAACUUUCCAUCUUGCAUCUGGGGAAAGAGCUGGCUGUAAACACUGCCUCUUAAGGGAAGACAGGGUUCUCAUUUAUACAGAACUUCUACGCAAACCAUCUGCUUUCUAUGUAGAAUUUUAUCCUAUUGU